CUUUGAUGAGCCGCAGGCGUCAUGUUGCCAAUGCCGCCCGCUCGUGGUAGCUGCGACGCUUCUUCCCCGCGAGCGAGCGUCUACUGUCUAGCCCAACCUCCACCCAUCACCUAGCCCAAAGCCUGCCUCGCCCGCCCACGCCGCAAACACUCCUACGCUGCUCUGCUGAUGCCCGCGCAUCUGCACACCCACUGCCCCUGAGCGCAUCGCCUGCUGCCGUCUGCGCCGCGCCCCCGUCCCGAGCUCCCCGCGCAUUCCUGGCCGCUGAGUGCUUGAGAUCGCCCGAGCUGCGUCGAGGAACAGGCAGGGCCGCGCCGCCGCAUUCCUCGCGCCGCCCCUCCAAUGCCGACUCUGGGCUUCCUCAAGAAGAAGCGGACGAAGGACUCGAACGGCUCCAAGGACCUCGAUUCGCCGACGUCGCCCGUUAAGGACGCCCACUCGCCCAUCACGCCCACGACAUCGCGCAAGUCGGGCUCCUUCCACCUGCACAAGACCAAGACCAACGAGUCGCUGACCAACACGGCGAGCAACACCAGCUCCACGGCCCCGGCCGCGCCUGCCGCCACCAGCAAGCCGUCCGACUCGAUGAACCCCGCCUACGCCCAGCAGCAGCAACACCAGCCGCCGACGCCCUCGCACAAUGUCCCUAGCAUACAGAACCUGAUACACCCGAACAACACGCCCUCGCACCCCGCCGCCCCGAAGCAUGCCGGCGCUGUGCAGUUCCAGACGCAGCCCCUCAACCAGGCGCGUGUCACCAAGGGCAAGUACUCGCUGACCGACUUCACCAUCCAGCGCACCCUCGGCACUGGCAGCUUCGGCCGCGUCCACCUCGUCCAGUCCAAGCACAACCAGCGCUUCUAUGCCGUCAAGGUGCUCAAGAAGGCCCAGGUCGUCAAGAUGAAGCAGGUCGAGCACACCAACGACGAGCGGCGCAUGCUGCAGCAGGUCAAGCACCCCUUCCUCAUCACCCUGUGGGGCACCUUCCAGGAUUCCAAGAACCUCUACAUGGUCAUGGACUUUGUCGAAGGAGGCGAGCUGUUUAGUCUGCUGCGAAAGUCUCAGCGCUUCCCCAACCCCGUCGCCAAGUUCUAUGCUGCAGAGGUUACGCUCGCACUCGACUACCUGCACUCGCAUAACAUCAUCUACCGCGACCUGAAGCCUGAGAACCUGCUGCUAGAUCGCCAUGGUCAUCUCAAGAUCACCGAUUUUGGCUUCGCGAAAGAGGUCCCCGACAUCACAUGGACGCUGUGCGGUACACCUGACUACCUGGCGCCAGAGGUUGUCGCGUCAAAAGGCUACAACAAGUCCGUCGACUGGUGGUCACUUGGCAUUCUCAUCUUCGAAAUGCUCUGCGGCUUCACUCCCUUCUGGGACGGUGGCUCCCCCAUGAAGAUUUACGAAAAUAUCCUCAAGUCGAGAGUCAAGUACCCACCAUACAUCCACCCCGAUGCCCACGACCUGCUGCAGAAGCUCAUCACACCCGACCUCACCAAGCGACUGGGCAACUUGCACGGCGGCAGCAAGGACGUUAUGAACCAUCCCUGGUUCGCCGAAGUAACGUGGGACCGACUACAAAAGAAGGACAUUGAUGCACCCUACGUGCCACCUGUGCGAGCUGGCGUUGGCGAUGCCAGCCAAUUCGAUAAGUAUCCGGAGGAGACAGAGGCAUACGGUCAGGCAGGAGAUGACCCGUGCGUGCAGAGUCCUCCUUAUACUGUAGACCACAUUCUGACGUGUCCGAAUAGCCACGGGCACCUAUUUCCCGACUUUUAAACCCAUAAUCGAAAAGAGAUACGAUAUGCCUCUCCUUCAGAAUCCAACUAGGCACGGCGAUCCUGGUCUAGUACCCGUCGAAAGUCCGCGCCAUUCGUCCUACCGUACUUCUCUGACCUUGACCCUCUCUAUGCUUUAUCUUCGCGCGACCCUGAUGCGCGUGGAAUCCCUCAUUGUCUAUUACUACUCCUACCUGGUGAUUGCUGGGUGCCAUUGGAUAUGGUUCUGUGUACAUUGAUGGGCAUGUAUGACGGUGCAUAAUUGUUCAACAGUAACCGCCCGAUCGAGCGCGGUGAUUAAAUUAGUAAUACGGAAACCUUGGCUGGCUCUCUAUCCUGAACUUUCUGUCUCGCUAUGAGAGAUGAUGCCUGUAUUAAAACGAAGAAACGACGAGCAAUGCAAAACUUGAGCCGAGAAUCAUCCUCGUUCGCUAGCUAUCGAU